AUGCUAUUUGGCUCCAUAGAGGAAGUCAUUGACUAUUAUAUGAAUUAUGGAAAGCAAGCGGGUUUUGGUGUGACACAAAAGAAGAAGAUAAAGUAUGAAAAUGAAGAUGUACAUUACAUCACUCUGACAUGUGCUCGCAAAGACAAAGCAUCAUUCAGUUCAAGUAAUAACCUUUGCAAGGCUAGCAAAACAAGCAAAACGGGGUGUAAGGCUACUUUGAAUGCAGCGUUAGUGGACACAUCGUGGUAUGUGACAAAUGUAAAUCUAGGGCAUAAUCACGACUUAAGCCCAGGUAAAGCAAGAUACUUUCGGUGCAACAAGAAGUUGGAUCCUGCUACGAAAAGAAAGUUUGAUAUAGAUGAUAGAGCUGGAAUCCGAGGUGCCGCAACACUUCGUGACUAUUUCAAUAGAAUGCGGAAAGUAAAUGAUGAUUUUUAUUUUGAUAUAGAUGUGGAUGAUGAGUGUAGGCUGAGAAAUGUGUUUUGGGCUGAUGCACGAAGGGCGGUUUUAAUUUCAAGUGAGGAUACGGCGUCAUUUGUUUGGUUGUUUGAGACAUGGUUGAAAUGCAUGAAGGGCCGUGCGCCAAGGGCAAUUAUUACAGAUCAAGAUAGGAGUCUGCUUGAGUGUUAUAAUCUGGAAGAGAAUGCAUGGCUGCGUGGUUUAUACAGUGAACGAACAUUUUGGGUACCAGCAUAUUUGAAUGAUGUAUUUUGGGCCGGCAUGACUACCACACAACGUAGUGAGAGUAUGAAUGCCUUUUUUGAUGGUUAUGUGCAAUCGUCCACCUCAUUGAAGGAAUUUGUGGAUCAAUACGAUAACGCUUUGCGUAGGAAGGUUGAGGUUGAGAAUGUUGCUGAUUUCGAUUCCUUCAAUACCACCAUUUCAUGUGUGAGCUAUUGGCCCUUUGAGAAGCAAUUCCAAAAAAUUUACACCCAUGCAAAGUUUAGAGAAGUUCAGAAGGAGAUUUCAGAGAUUAUGUAUUGUGGUUCUUCUCUUUUAAAAAGUGAAUGUGGAAUUCGUACCUAUCAGGUGAUCGAACGGGUAGAAAUUAAUGAAUCCUAUAGGAAAAAAAUCGUUUUUAAUGUUUGCUACAAUGGCCCUGUAUGUGAAGUAAAUUGUAGCUGUCAUUUGUUUGAAUCAAGAGGAAUUUUGUGCAAACAUGCCAUAUCCGUGUUGACUACAUUUGAAGAUGUGGAUUUGUUGCCUGAAAAGUAUUUUCUAAAUCGAUGGAGGAAGGAUUUGAAGCGGCCAUAUAAGUUAAUCAAGAGUAGUUAUGAUCCUUUGAGUGGCAACCCUACUGCAGAUCGAUAUGCUGAACUGAGCAAAAAUGUGCUGAAGUUGGCCGCUAUUGCAGCACCAAACGUGGAUCAUUGCAUUGAAGUGCAAAAGUAUGUUGAUAUGCUAAUUAAGAAAUUUAGCGGUCCAAGCUGUGAACAAAGUCAACCUUCCCAAUCACUCCCAAGUGCAAAAGAUCUCCCAAGUGCACCUAUGAUCGAUAAUGGAGCCAUAGAUUGUAUGGAGGUGGAGGUGUGUAGUCCGCUUGUGGCUCGGACUAAAAGCGCGCGACCAUCAAUCAGAAAAGUGUCUGUGGUUGAAAAAGUGGUGGGGAAAAAGUCAUCAAAAGGAGGAAAUAAGAAAUAG